GCUGCACGCAGAGUUCCACCCCAGCGGGGGCUCUUGUGCAUUUCAAGGGGUAAGCGCCCUGGCGGAGCCCGGAGUCGGCGGGACUGGCCCCGGGCUGCACGCAGAGUUCCACCCCAGCGGGGGCUCUUGUGCAUUUCAAGGGGUAAGCGCCCUGGCGGAGCCCGGAGUCGGCGGGACUGGCCCCGGGCUGCACGCAGAGUUCCACCCCAGCGGGGGCUCUUGUGCAUUUCAAGGGGUAAGCGCCCUGGCGGAGCCCGGAGUCGGCGGGACUGGCCCCGGGCUGCACGCAGAGUUCCACCCCAGCGGGGGCUCUUGUGCAUUUCAAGGGGUAAGCGCCCUGGCGGAGCCCGGAGUCGGCGGGACUGGCCCCGGGCUGCACGCAGAGUUCCACCCCAGCGGGGGCUCUUGUGCAUUUCAAGGGGUAAGCGCCCUGGCGGAGCCCGGAGUCGGCGGGACUGGCCCCGGGCUGCACGCAGAGUUCCACCCCAGCGGGGGCUCUUGUGCAUUUCAAGGGGUAAGCGCCCUGGCGGAGCCCGGAGUCGGCGGGACUGGCCCCGGGCUGCACGCAGAGUUCCACCCCAGCGGGGGCUCUUGUGCAUUUCAAAGGCGGAAUGCGGAAGUGCCUAUCGACUAGUUGAACCGUCAAUGGAAAUUCUCUCGACGACUCGACUAGUCAGUUACUCGUUAGUUAACAUCCUUAGGCCGUGCGUCCUGACUGGCGGGGCCUUGCAGGGCAGACAGUGCGGGCUGUUUGAGCGACCCUGGCGCAGUCUGUGAGUGGGAGGGGGCCUGCCUGGCUGUCAGCGUGGGGAGCCCGGGGCCGGAUCCCUGCUGGCUCCAGGCAGAGAUGAAGGCAGGCCCUGUUCAGUUUGAGUCCUCUGAGGGAACUGAUCAGUUCAGCCAGGCAGUGCCUGAUACUCUGGAGACAAUGGCAUGAGGGUGAGAAACAAGCUGCAAAUGCCUCAUUCUGGUGUCACCAGGGACCAGUCAGCACGUGCCCCCAGCCAGCACAAGGCUGGCUGAACUGAUCCGUUCCCCCAGGGGGCUCAAGUCGCUGAGUGUGGUAAGACCAUUGGGAAGCUCUGCACGGGCUGCUUUGGUCUGAACUACCUUGAGCAGUUUGGGAUCAUCUGCUUUUUCCCUCUUUCUCCAGAACACGUGUAGAUAAGUUGACUGGGAUGGUCCCCGGACAGACCCUUGGGGGACCCCACUCGUUACCUCUCUCCUCUCAGAAAACGAAUUGUUUAUUCCUACCCUUUGUCUCCUGUCGUUUGACCAGUUCCCAGUCCACGAGAGGCCCUUCCCCCUACCCUAUGACAGCUUACUUGCCUUAAGAGCCCGUCGAGGGGCAUGGGUGUCCUGAGCUCGGAGCUCAAGGGCUUCAGUUCCCUGGAUGACCUGCUGCACGUCAAGGGCAUCACCACACGCAUCCUGGAGCUGAACAGCCAGCGUAUGACCUGCAGGAGGAGGCCAAGCAGCGAGGCUGUCCCCAGCGGGAGUGUGAGCCAGCAGGGGCUCCAAGCCCACGUGUCUCAGGUGCUGGCUGAGGGAGAGAAUGGCGCCCCGGCUGCCUGGGAGUCGGAGGAGUCGGAUUGCUCAGGAGUCGAGGGGGGCUCUGGUCCGGAAUCCGAAGGCCCCAGAGUGCAGGCGGGACGGGAGUCCGUGGAGCUGCCUGGCCUUGGAGAGCACGGGGGUCUGGAGCCCGCCAGCUCCAGAGCGUGUGGGGCACAGGAGGAGGAGGAGGAGGGCAGCUGCUGCAGCGACGAAGGGGAGGAUGGCAGCGACGUCUAUUUCUAUUACACCAUUGGCGAGCGCUGGAUCGACUACCUGGAGAGGACCGAGGAGGGUAGCCUCAUCCGCCACGUGCGGCCAAAGGUAACGGUGCGCCCGCCUGAGAACAAGGGCCCUCGCGCCAGGCCAGGCCAGCCUCUUCUCCAGGCCUGCCCCAGGAGGCUGCUGGAGCAGAGACUGAGGCUGGGUGAGGGCAGGGCGG